UCUCUCUCUCUCUCUCUCUCUACACUCUCUAGUGGUCAGUCAGUCAGAGCCAAAGUCCAAGAAAGGAAAAGCAUCAGCUCACAAGAAACACAGACACAUAGAGAGAGAGAGAGAGAGAGAGAGCGCGCAAGGAAGGAAUGGCUGCUGCUACAGCUACUGCUGCUCCGGCGACGCCCUUCGGGGAGGAGAGGACCCUUCAGGAGGAGCUCUCCUCCCCGAUCAUCUUAGCUGACCGGGUCAUUAAGCUUGCUCAGGAGGCUGAAACCACCCGCCCCGAGUGCUCCGACCUCGCCGACCAGACCGACCGCCUCUCCCAGCUCCUCCGCUCCGCCGUCCGCCUUACCUCCUCCACCCCCUCCCUCUACGAGCGCCCCGUCCGCCGCAUCGUCUCCGACAUCUUCAAGAACCUCGAGAAAGCCCUAACCCUCGUCAAGAAAUGCAAGAAGCACGGCUCCGGCGUCCUCCGCCAGGUCUUCGCCAUCGCCACCACCACCGACUUCCGUAAGGUCCAGUCCCUGCUGGAGUCCUCCAUUGCGGACAUGAAAUGGCUGCUCUCUAUCUUCGAGUCAGACGGUGCCAAUCUUGCUCUUCCCCCGAUCGCCAGCAAUGACCCGAUCCUCGCGUGGGUCUGGUCUUACAUCGCUACGAUUCAGAUGGGCCAGCUCAAGGACCGAGUUGAUGCAGCCAAUGAGCUCGCUUCACUCGCUCGCGACAACGAAAGGAACAAGAAGAUGAUUGUUGACGAGGGUGGAACUCAGCCCCUGUUGAAGCUGCUGAAAGAAGGGGGCCUGCCCGAUGCCCAAAUUGCUGCAGCAAAUGCUUUGUUCAACCUUGGGACGGAUCAAGAGCGGGUGCGGAUCAUUGUUCGGGAGCUUGGGAUCCCGACUAUUGUCCAUGUUCUAGCUGAUUCCCCUAUGAGGGUUCAGGUUUCCGUGGCUAAUUUGGUGGGCCAGAUGGCUGAGCUGGACAAUGUAGCUCAGGAGGAGUUUGCUCGAGAGAACGUGAUUAAGCCAUUGAUCACACUACUCUCGAUGGACACCGCCUUGGACGACCCGAAGAUUCAGGCAGGUAGAACGAGCAUUCAUUCCCUUGUUCAGAUUAACAAGGAGUUGGGGGGGAAACCGAAGUCGCUGAACAAUUACUCCAGUUUGAAUUCCUCGUUCUCGUCCCAUUCCGAUGGUAGCAGCAGGGGCGGGCAUCACAGGAAGGAGAGGGAGGUGGAGACCCCUGAAAUGAAGCUCAAGCUUAAGGUCAGUUGCGCUGGGGCUCUGUGGAGGUUGUGUAGGGGCAGUCUGGUGAACAGCAGGAAGAUUACCGAGACAAAAGGGUUGCUUUGUUUGGCUAAGAUUAUCGAGGUGGAGAGAGGGGACUUGCGAUUCAACUGCUUGAUGACCGUGAUGGAGGUGGCGGCUGUGGCAGAAUCAAAUCCUGAUCUUAGGCGAGCAGCUUUCAAAACGAACAGUCCUGCUGCUAAGGCAAUUCUGGAACAGCUGUUGAGGAUUCUUCAGGAAGAGAAUGAUCCCGAGUUAUUAAUUCCCGCCAUAAGGUCAAUUGGUUCUUUAGCUAGAACUUUUCCGACAAGGGAAACUCGCAUUAUCAAGCCGUUGGUUACACAGCUUGGACAGAGACAUGUGGAUGCAGCGAUCGAAGCAGCAAUCGCCCUUGGGAAGUUUGUCUGUCCUGAGAAUUUUAAUCACUUGGAGCACUCAAAGGCGAUAAUUGAAUUCGAUGGCGUGCCUCCCUUAAUGAGAUUGUUAAAGACAAGCGAUCGUGCUCAGAUUUACGGGCUUACAUUGCUCUGUUAUCUUGCCCUUCAUGUUGGGAACAGUAGUGCCCUUGAGCAAGUACGGGCACUGAAUGUGCUCGAGACGUCAGCACGUUCCGUAGUGUCUCAGCGCCCCGACCUUAGGGAGGUUUUUGCGAAAGCAAUUCAUCAACUCACUCUCUUUCAAGCGGGAGGUCACCCACACAGACAGCCCCAUGCUCUGUAAUCAGAAUUCUUUGACCCAAAAUUUUAUUCUUCCACAUAGAUCGGUCUGUUUGUCGUGUAUGAUAGACUUCAACUACAGAGGAGAAUGUGCAUUUGUAUUCAGAGGAGAUUGGGCUUGAUAGAAUGAAGAAGCUGUUCUCUUACAUUGUUAAUCCUCAUGCUUUAUAAUUGGAUCCAAGUAAUUCAGUUGAAUUACUUCCUGUGAUUUUCAAUGUUUGCCAGAUCCUGCUACCUACUCCUAUCUCUGCUUUUUAUAUCGUCUUGUAGCUUCUGCCUUGGCUUUCUUCGACUUCACUGCUCCUAAUGGAAAUCCUUGCUUAUACCCUUCUUUCUACUUGCUGCUGAUUUAUCUGCUUCGAUCUAAUCUGUGAUACUGUGAUAGAAUUUUGUAUGCUUACAUCGUAUCUGGUUUUGGACAGCAUAUAUUCAGCGAUAUAUCCUUCCGUUUUAAAUGAUAUCAUGCUCUUAUCGGCCAGUCCUGCACAUUGACUUCAUAAGCUUGGGUAAGGAUCUAUUGCCGAAUCACCUUCUACCAUUUCAGCACUUCCUUCAUCAGCAGGGGGAUUUCUUCAUUGAUUUUUCAUCUGCUUAAUUUAUAGUGUUGUUUCAGUUUUCAUGUCAUGAUGCUUAGCGUUGGCUUACCCAAUUGUUUCAGUUGAGGAUUGAGCCAUUAAUAAUAGUUCCAUGGACUGACCGAAUCAUGAAAAGUGUAACUAGCAGAUGCAUCAGUAAUAUCUUUCCAGACCAUCGCUCUGGUAAAUUCGAAAAACAGCUUUUCUUCAGCGGGAAGUUACUGGUAACUUCUUCUCGAUGGAAUAUAUGAUUGGUUUACUGACAUUUCAGGAGCUCUUUUGUUUUGAGCUUUUUGUUAGCGCAGCAUGAACUAAUGAGUCUUUUAUCUCUUUUUCAAUAUUCGGUUCUCUCUUUAAAAGCUUGCUUUCAUCGUUAGCUGGUUUAUCGGUGAGAAUAUCUCUCAUAAGAGAGUAAUGUCUUUGUAGAGGCAAAGGCUGAUAUAUAGUCUCAAAACCACCAGUGUAUAUACGAAAUCUCUGUUACUCAUAAGUCUCGGUUGAUACAGUGUGAACCGUGAGUUCGAGAUGGUCGGUCCGGCCUGCUCAGAUUGAUCGGGACUCGGGAACACCCUCUUCUUCCUCGGUUCGAUGGAAAAACAAAUUGGUCUGGCCUCGAAGAAAAUUCACCUUCGAUGCUGAUGAGUGAGUAACUUCAGCUUCUGAUGCUCAAAGUACAUCGAUGGUUUUGCGAGUUUUUAUGGGCGAUAUAUGGCCAAAGUUCAUUUAUAUGGGGCUUUCCUUUUUCUGAUUUGUGUUAAUAAUAACGUGCAAUGUACUGUAAUUGGUGUCGACUCCUAUCAUACAUGACAGUGCCUCGUAUAAUAUCCGUCGAGCUGCAA